CUGCGGGGCAGGGCCGGUCCCAAUGGCGCGGAGGAGGAGCGGGAGCGGCUACAGCUGGGAUUGGGGGCCGCCGGCGCCGCCCGCCCGCCCGGACAGAGGAGGAGGCGGCAGGAGGAGGAGCGGCGGCGCGGGCCGCAGCGAGCUGACGGGUCUCGGCGUGGCUGCCCCUGAAGAUGGCGGCGGCGGAGGCGGCCGUUGCUCCGGGCGGCGGGAGCUGCUCUCCGGCGGGCGGCGGCUCGGUGCCCGUCCUUUUCUGCUUCUCCGUCUUCGCGCGGCCCUCCAGCGUGCCGCAUGGCGCCGGCUACGAGCUGCUGAUCCAGAAGUUCCUCAGCCUCUACGGGGACCAGAUCGAUAUGCACCGCAAGUUUGUGGUGCAGCUGUUCGCCGAGGAGUGGAGCCAGUACAUAGACCUGCCCAAGGGUUUCCUGGUCAGCGAGCGCUGCAAGGUGCGCCUGGUGCCGCUGCAGAUACAGAUGACUACUUUGGGCAACCUGACACCAUCAAGCACAGUGUUUUUCUGCUGUGAUAUGCAAGAACGAUUCCGGCCUGCCAUCAAGUACUUCGGUGAUAUCAUCAGCGUGGGGCAACGGCUGCUCCAAGGUGCACGGCUCUUAGGAAUUCCAGUUAUUGUAACUGAACAGUAUCCCAAAGGUCUUGGCAGCACUGUGCAAGAAAUUGAUUUAACAGGAGCUAAACUUGUGCUUCCCAAAACAAAAUUUUCGAUGGUGUUGCCAGAAGUUGAAGCAGCAUUAGCAGACAUCCCUGGAGUCCGCAGCGUUGUCUUGUUUGGAGUGGAAACUCAUGUCUGCAUCCAACAAACAGCACUGGAAUUAAUUGGCAGGGGUCUGGAAGUUCAUAUUGUAGCUGAUGCCACCUCAUCAAGAAGUAUGAUGGACAGAAUGUUUGCUCUUGAGCGACUUGCUCGUACUGGAAUUAUAGUUACUACUAGCGAAGCUAUACUACUGCAACUGGUAGCAGAUAAAGAACACCCCAAAUUCAAAGAAAUUCAAAAUCUCAUUAAGGCGAGCGCACCUGAGUCAGGGCUUCUUUCCAAAGUUUAAAGAGGAUGCGGAGGAAGUGGAUCUCAUUGACGUCUUUAAGGAAGAGAGAACACUGUAAGCGCACACAUACACCCUAUCCCUCAAAAUCUGGUAGAAGUGUGAAGUUAAAAAUCGACAUACUCAUGCUUGCCUUAGCAAUGUUGUCUGGAUCUGGGUACCAUUAUGUUCUGUUUAGUUACAGCGGUCAGAAGCGUUGGGUAUUGUAGGACCCUUUUGUUGUCAAAUUUCCUUAUUUAUUUAAAAACCCAAAAAAUUAACAGAGGUGCCUGCUAGUCUAUACUAUAAACAGUUUGUAACAGCUCCAAAAAAGUACAGAUUUCUGUGACAUCUCUUGAUUGUGCACUUUGUAAAAGUGUUCCAUGAUAUUCUGUUUGACUUUUGUAUUGAUAGGAGAUAAUUACAUAUUGGAUAGCUGUGGUGUGAUACGCUGUAGUGUUCUGUGUAACUUAAAUACUUUAAUAGGGGAUAAAGUUAAAACUAAGAUGUACGGACUACACAUGUGCUCCUAUUCUCUAGGAUAAAACUUAAGCGCUUUGCUUCAUAGACAAGGCACAUAGAUCAAGCAGCAGCUGAUGUCUGAGUGCUAUAGGUAGCUGAAGCCUCCAUUGUGACUUCUGAUUAUUCUGAAACUGCCUAACCCUGUACUUCACAUGAGUGUACACAAGCAGAAAAUUAUUGUUUAAUGAAUUCUUCAUAAACAGCUGUUGUAAGGUCUGUCAGAACUAGUAAAAGAUUACCAAAACUUCUAAAUAAAUUGUCAGUGCUAAGGAAGUUACAGAACAAAAAGUUUCUCAACUUGGAGUGCUGAAUCUACUGUUGCAUUUAGGUUUAUUCAGGGGUUUUCAACUCUAUUUCAAUUAGAUUGAAUAUUUCAUCUGAUAUUCUCAUUUGGCCAAACGAUCUCUGAAAGAAACCUCGGCACCUCUAGGUUUUUGUGCUUUUUUGAUGGGUUGCACUUGGGUGGAAUUUGAAUGGAAUGUGGCCUAAAAGUGUUUUUCAGAAAAAUAGCAUCUGUAACUUAAUUAUACAUAUUUUUUUCUACCUAGAACCAAUAUUUUAACACAUGAUUCGUAAAGGCAUUUCCUUCAUGUUCCUGUGGUUUAAACAAUGUUGUAUGAAGUUUACAGUUUGACUGAAACUUUUAUUUUUUUUGAAAGAGAACUAGAAGAUGUCAUACUGAACGCUAAUUAUUUUGUUAGAAAACCAGUUUGAAUACAUGUAUUGUUUUAUUUUCCCCACAAGAUGGCUCUAAAAGAAUUGU